CUUCUACAUUCUCUACUGACUCUUUCUUUCUUUUUCUUUCUCUCUUUCUCUUUUUUUUCACUUUCUUUUCCUGUUGGGCCCAUUAGUCUGCAAACUCAUCUGGGUCAUUAUUAAAUCUUCCUCCACCAGCAACUUUCAUUUCCAUCUCCACCUCUCUCUUUCUUGUUCCUUUUCUUUUCUUUUCUCUCUCUGUACCUGUAAGCUUCAAAAGAUAUAGAGCUGUUAUGGCUGGGUCUCUUCAGGACAUAGAAUCUUGGCUUCCAACUGAGUUUCUUACUGAGGAAGAGUUGCUUAUGGACAAAGAAAACUUUCUCAAGAACGCUGAGUUCAACCCCAGUUUUAGCUUCCCUUCUGAGUUCCCUUACGAGUUUGACUCGUUUGGUUCCUCUUCGUCUCUCAGCUCGCCGGACGAAUCUGUUAUUGGCUCAACUGAAACAGAGAGCAGUAACGAGGACGAUUUCUUAGCUGGGUUAACCCGGCGUUUGACUCAGCAAAUCACUGUGAAGUCUCAGAAGACGGUCAUGGCUGGGUCACCUGAAUCAACACUGAGUGGAAUCGGAAGCUGGUCUGUUUCAAGCAACGGAAGCCCAAACGGUGUGUUGUCACCGCCAACGACGCCAUUUGGGGCUAAAAAUGAUACGUGGGAUCUGAUAUACGCAGCUGCUGGUCAAGUUGCGAGGUUAAAAAUGAGCAAUGAAGGCAAUAAGUACAGUAAUCAACAAGGGAGAGGAUUAUUGUGUCCUCUCAGGAGCCAAAAUCCAGAAACAGCACUGAAAUAUCAGAAUACUGGGUUUUACUCGAGCCAGUGCUAUGGCCACUCUGUUCCUCAAAUGAAUCAGUACCAUUGCAAGAGCGAGGCAAAACAAUACGCUGAAACAAACAGAUGAAUCCUUCUAUUUGGGCAAAACAAGCAGAAGUGAAAGUAGCGCUGCGCAAGCCCAGAGCCACCAGCAGCCACCACUCUCUGCAGCGAGCACCAACUCCUUCAACCUCAGCACCACCACCAGCAACAGC